UGUUAAUUCACAGCAUAUGGCAAAGCCAUUGACAAGUUCUCACACUUGUUGAUGCGUUUACCAUACGCACCUUCUUAAUUACUUUAACAGGCAUGGCUACCAUCAGACAAGCCAUCGCUCAUCAUCCCGUAUAUAAAUCGGACAUUCGAUCUAUUUGAGGUCUCGAUUGUACGGUCACUCGCUUAUGCUUGUAAUCGUGUUACAGUUGUCUUGGUUGAUUCUCAAUACACCUUUAACCGCACCUCUCGUGUUUGACUCUUGUGACUCAUCAUCACAAAUUGGUGAACGUGCCAGUUUGGACUUCAAGACCUGCCGUGAGUCAACGAGAAGGAACAUCGCCCCCAGCUGCCACACCACCUAGGACCAGACGACCAGACAACCCACAACGAGAUCAUCUACAUCGAGGAAGGAAACAUCAAUUUUCUCAAAACUGUAAGUGAAUGACGAAUCCUCAAACAACAAUUAGCGACACUUCGUUUACAGCUAUUAAUGAGUCUUUAAUUGAUGAGAUAGACCUAGAAGAAGACGCGUACGUAAAUUCCUUAGCUGAUAGUGUACUAAAAGUUAGAAACAAUUUUGUUACCCAUUGGUCAAAUUUAAUAAGUCUUUGUAAAAGUAAUAUAGAUGAAACCUCAGAUAAACGCUUAACACGAAGUAGUUAUAUUGCAAAAAGAAAGGAAGUCACAGGUCAAGUUUAUCAUUUUUUGAAACAGUAUACAUUUGAAUUGCAUAAGAAGGAGUUUGGAAGUUCAGUCUAUCUUACCGGCGAGGCUAAAGAAAAAGUUUUAGAAAAAUUAGGGACAUAUUUCGUAGAAUUAAAAGCAGACCCCAAUAAAUUUAACCCUUUGUUACAAAAUGUUAGAGAAGCUCAUAGUCGAGAAGUAGAUUUUCGGAAUAAAGCAUUUAAAAUAUUUAAGAGGGAACUUCUUUUCAAACAAUUAGCAUUAGAUGAGUAUGCAAAGAAUCUUGAACAAGACGUAGCGAACGAAACGAAAAAGACUGAAAAAGAGGUAGAUAAAGUAAGGAGAGAAUUUUCAAAGAAAGUAGCCGAUUCUUAUCUAGAAAACACCCGUUUAACAGCAGAAGUAGAAACAUUAACCCGAACAAAUUUUAAACAAGCAACUUUAAUAGCAGAUUUUAAUAAUAGACCCAAAGAAAGUCAGGCAAGCGAUGAGAGUAAAACAUUUUUGACAGAAUAUGAGACAGCUAAAACCGAUCUAGAAAAAGCUAAGAGCGAAAUCAUAGGACAGAACGACUGCAUAAAUGAUUUAAGGGAUUCUCUAUCACAACUUAAGGAAGACACUGAAGAUAAAAUAAAACAACUAAACCAUAGCUACAAUCUAUUAGACAACGCACACGAAGCUUUGAAGAACGCAAGUAAAUUAACAGAAGACGACGUAACAACACUUACAAAUAAAAACCAAGAACUAUCUCAGAAGCUAGACACCUUGCAAAUUGAAGCCAACUCCAAAGAAGCAAGCAUAAAAAUUUUGAAAACAACCAAACGAGACUUAUCCAAUAAAAUCUCUGACCUCGAACAAGAAAUUAAAGCUAAAGAUUUAUACAUUCAAAAACAUUUGAAAUCGACUUUAGUAGCAGAUACGCAAACCCAUUCAAAGCCCACUCAAACAACUAAUAUUAUAACCAUGACGUUAGGCAAUAGUAAUGAAGAUGCACCAAUAACUAAGAGCCAUUUACGUGAAUUAUAUUCACAGGACGAACGGAAAUCUAUUCCGAUUUUUAAAGGCAAAAGAGGAGAGCAGUUAGUUAAUAAUUGGUUAAAAGAUGCGGAAAGAGUCGCACAAAGCGCAGGGUGGGAGAAGAAAGAUAAAAUAAAAUAUUUUUCAGAUAGACUAAGAGGAGAUGCUGCGGAUUGGCAUAGUGAUUAUAUGGAAAGAGCACAAGAUGAGGAAGAUUACGAUGCAUGGGAAAAAGCUUUAAUAAAUAGAUUUCUUACAGAAACAGAGUUAGAAAAUUUAAGAAAACAAUUAAACGAGCUUCGGCAGACCCCCGAUCAAAGCACACAAACUUUCGUUAGUAGAAUUAAUCAGUUAUAUGACAUCAUUCAUGGAAAAGAAAUUACAUUAGGUGACAAAGCGACGAACGAAGCUAAGGCAUUAGCAAUAUCUCUGAGUCAAAUGAGAGGCGAAGCUAAACAAAAAAUUCUUUUAAAGGGUCUCUUGCCUAAAAUAUUGAAAAUAGUUUGGAGCCGCAUGGAUGUUGAUAGUGCUUACGAAGACGUAUGCGAAAACGCCUACGCCGCAGAAACUUUAGUUAAUAGAAUGGAACAGAAUGAAGAUAAGAGUUUAAAGGCCACUAUAGCAGGUAUCUCUGCACACGAUAACGAGCAAGAUAUAGAGAUCUUGCGGCAGAAAACAAAGAUUGUUCAUUUAGAGAAACAGUUAGCCGGUCUAACUAUCGGUAAAAAUGCUCCACAGGAAAACAACGAGAUUGAUUUUCCCUCAAUAGCAGUUGCCGACGCCUUUAACAGACACAGAUCACCUUCCGGCGAUCGUAGACGGUCCAAUUCGGAAAAUCGGAUCCGUUUUCAGCACCCCCCAAGCCGCCAACACAGCGCGGAUAGAAAUAUUCCUCGAUCUAGAGAUAACCGUCCGAGAAGAGAGCCAACUCCACCACCACAAAAUUAUUCAAACAGAUCACAAGGACAAUUUCAGCGUCCCCAAAAUUUUAAUCCUAUGUUUAAUCCUCGUCGUAGAUUUCAGAAUUUAAGUGAAUAUCCCCAACAUUUUCGAAACCAAACGUUUCGUGCCCAUCAGGUACCGCGCCAGAAUAACUUCGUUACCUCAGGUCCCCCUGGAGCUAGGCCACAGCAUAACGCUUGGUAUAACCCAGCCCAAGGAUUUAGAAAUAAGAGACAUAUAGAGUGUUAUGCUUGUGGAAAGCGAGGACACUACGCGCGAGAAUGUCGCAGCGUGCCCCCGCCCCCGUCAACAGAACAGCAGUAGGUUUAUCG